CUUCCCGAAAGAGAAAGGUGCAAGAGAAGAGAGAGAAAAACCCUAAUUCGGUUUUUGAAGGGACAACGGAGAGAGAGAGAGAGAGAGAAAGUUGGUGAAGAUGUCGUCGACUCUACUGGAAGUGACUCGGGCGGGUCAUGAGGAAGUCGAGCGGCUCGAGCGACUCAUCGUGAAGGAUCUCCAGAACGAACCGGCCUCAAGCAAGGACCGCCUCUUCCAGAACCACCGUGUCCGCAACAUGAUCGACGAAAUCACUUCCACCACUCUCAAAUUGGUCGAGAUAUAUGAAGAUAAAGAUAGUGCGAGGAAGGAUGAGAUUGCUGCUCUUGGAGGCCAGACUGCCACUGGAACAAACGUGUUUAGCGCAUUUUAUGACAGAUUGAAAGAGAUUCGUGAGUACCAUAGACGUCAUCCUGCUGCACGUGUUGUCGACGUUAAUGAAGAGUACGAGGAGCUACUGAAGGAGGAACCGCGGAUUGAGUUCACUGGGGAGGAAGCCCUUGGAAGGUAUCUAGACUUGCAUGAAUUGUACAACGAGUACAUUAACUCUAAAUUUGCGGAGCCCAUUGAAUACUCUGCUUACCUCGAUGUUUUUUCUCAACCGCAUAAGAUACCUCGCAAACUGAAAUUGACCAGGAAGUACAGGGAGUAUUUGGAAAAACUACAGGAGUAUCUGAUAUAUUUCUUUGAUAGGACAGAGCCUUUGCAAGAUCUUGAUAGAAUAUUCUCAAAGGUAAUUACUGAAUUUGAGGAGCAAUGGGCUAUUGGCCAGAUACAAGGAUGGGAGAAUGAGGCUCAAGAAAAUGGGCAUGUUUCAGCUCAACCUGCUGGAAUCGAUCUUGAUUAUUACAGUACAGUUGAAGAGUUGAUGGAAGUGGGACCUGAGAGAUUAAAGGAGGCAUUGGCUGCACUGGGACUUAAGACAGGUGGUACUAUUCAGCAACGUGCAGAGAGGCUUUUCCUUACAAAGCAUACACCUCUUGAACAGCUGGACAGAAAACAUUUUGCCAAGGGCUCUCGUGUAUCCGAACAAAAUGCAAACACUGCAGCUCCUCAACAGGCUGAGAGUUCAAAAGAAAUUGCCCUUAUGGAAGCCAAGAUGAAAAAACUCUGCGAUCUGUUGCAGGAGACAAUUGUGCGGACAAAAGAAAAUGUUGAGAAGAAACAGGCUUUAACGUAUGAGGAAAUGGAAGCAGAGCGUGAGGAGGAAGAGGUACAAGCUGACACUGAAAGUGAUGAUGACGAGCAGCAGAUUUAUAAUCCCCUGAAGUUGCCAAUGGGUUGGGACGGGAAGCCUAUACCUUACUGGUUAUAUAAGCUUCAUGGUCUUGGUCAGGAAUUCAAAUGUGAGAUAUGCGGGAAUCACAGUUACUGGGGCCGCAGGGCUUAUGAGCGACACUUCAAGGAAUGGCGACAUCAGCAUGGGAUGCGUUGUCUUGGCAUUCCAAAUACCAAGAACUUCAACGAAAUCACAUCAAUUGAGGAGGCAAAGCAACUCUGGGAGAGAAUACAAGAACGACAGGGAGUGAACAAGUGGCGCCCGGACCUUGAAGAAGAAUAUGAAGACAAAGAGGGCAACAUUUACAAUAAGAAGACAUAUACUGAUCUGCAGCGCCAGGGAUUGAUUUAAACUAAAGAGUCAUCCAGAUUUUGCUUCCUUACAAACUAUGCUUGUCUACAUUGAAUCAUUAGGAGAGACUUGAUCAGUCAAUUGGAGAUAUUAAGACACUACUUUCAAGAGGAAUAUGAUGGCGGACGACUUUUUGAACUGUGAUCUUGUUAUCUUUUGAAGGAUCUAGGCAAAGGAGAGCAUUGUUAGCGAAGGUCCUUUUGUUUCCAGUUACGAGUUAUAGUACUAAGCGAUGCACCAUUUUUAGCAGUUCAAAUUCAGCAUUUGUAGUUAAUCUGAUCCACAUCUCACUAGUUUGUGUUCCAUAUCAUGGUUUUCCUUGCACAAUGAAUGGCAGUCGCUACAGUAACAAAAUCAACAAGAACUUGAAUUUAUCUAAUAAUAAUGUGUAAACCCAAAGAUUAUUGAGGGAUUCCUAAAAAAAA